AUGGUAUCGUUCUGGCCAUGGAGGGGCGAUGACUCGUCCCCGUCCUCGUUCGAAAGGACACUCUCGACAGUGUCGGCCAAGAUCACCGAUACACAGUCCCGUUUGGACAAGACCCGUUCCAACUCACGCCGCGUGAGGGUCCUAUGGACAUUGUACCUCGGUUUCGCCUACCUCGUCUAUGCAAUCGUACUCCUCCUCGUUGUCGGGUUCAACAACAUGGGUGUAUAUGAGUGGUCUGGCGUGUCUGGCGGACCCGUUCUCAUAUUGGCUACACGAAAGAUCCUGUCGGCUUACUACAACUUCCGCAUCGAGAGCCUGUCUGAACGCCUCAGACAGCUCCAGGGAGAGCGCACCAGGACGAUACAGAAGCUCAAGGACGCAACAAAGUACGACUCGACCAUGGAGUUGAUUGAAAAGUACGGUGGAGAAUCCAGUAGCGGCAGCUCCAACAUUAAGCCGAGCAAGACGGCCCCCAUGAUGGAAGAUGCCAACAACAAGGAAAGCCCGGCAGCCGACCAGGCAGUCAAGCCCCCGCCACUGCCGGGCCGCACAUCGCUCGGCCCCCCGCCAACAGCCAACAUCAACCGUGGCCCCGACGGAUCUCCGAUGUCCAAACUCAACCAGAUGGAUCCCGGUGCCGAAUUCGCCCCCAACGCUGAGUACACGCGACCCAUCACACCUACACCAGGCCCCCCUCCCCCUUUCCUGCAGCAGCAACAACAACAGCAGGCCAUGAUAGCACCCGAAAGCCACUGGUACGACCGUGUGUUCGACGUUCUCCUGGGAGAGGAUGAAACCGCCCCCAAGAAUCGCAUCGUACUCAUCUGCGCUUCGUGCCGCCUCGUCAACGGCCAAGCUCCUCCCGGUGUCACUAGCCUCGCCGAUCUGGGUAUGUGGCGGUGCAUGUCGUGCGGCGCUCAUAACGGGGAGACGGUAGAAGAUGAGGAUCACAGGGUCGUUAGGGUCAUCCUAAAUGGCGAGAAGGACGGGGAGGGUAAGUCUGACAUGGAGCUCAGCGUUAGCAACGACGAGGGACGGGAGGGCCAGGUAGACGAUGGACCUUCAUCCGUUAGGAAGCGUCGGUCAAAAGAGUCUAAGUAA